AGGUUAGUUUAGUGUGCCAAGACCAUCACAGAGGGAGGAGAAGCUUUGGUAGGUACACUGCUAAAAACGAUUGUAGUUUUUAGUUUCUAGUGAUUGUAGUUUUCUCGCCAUGACUUUUUAAGUUGCAACGACUUGCAGUUUCUGAAUUUGUUCAUUCAACUUAACAUGUGCAUGAGAGUGUGAAGACAUUAGCAACAUCCAUAUCUGAAAAAAAAAACAAUCAUGGUAACCUUGAACACUCAGUCCGUGACGACCCCGGUGGGCAUAAUCCGUCUGUUUGAGUUCGUCCUGACACUCAUCACCUUCAGCCUGGUGGCGUCUCAGGGUCACACCUCUUUACCACUCUGGGCCUGGUGCAUGUUCACCUGGUGCUUCUGCUGCUUCGUUACCCUCCUCAUCCUCAUCCUGGAGUUCACCAGCGUCAACACCAAAAUCCCCAUUUCCUGGGACGAUUUCACUACAGCUUUUGCAAUGCUAUCCACGCUCAUGGUGCUGGCCGCUUCAGUCAUCUACCCAGCAUAUUUUGUGUGCUCCAACUGUUGGAUUGGGAUUGCAGCAUCUGUGCUCUCGUGUGUGUGUUUUUGUUUGUACGCAGCAGAAGUGGGUCUAACCCGAGCCAAACCCGGUGAAAUCAGUGGGUUUUUGGCCACAGUUCCAGGCUUGUUAAAAGUCUUGGAGACGUUCGUGGCUUGUAUAAUCUUCAUAUGUCUGAAUUCAAGCGUUUACAAGAACUUUCCUGGGCUGCAAUGGUGUGUGGCGGUUUACUCCGUCUGCUUCAUCAUCUCUCUUCUCAUCAUAAUCCUGACAAUUGGACGCUUGCUGGGUCGAAUCCCACUGCCGAUGGACAAAUGCAUGACAGGAUACAAUGUCCUCGCGGUUUUAAUGUACCUCACAGCUACGAUCAUUUGGCCCCUCUACUGUUUUGACAACUUUAAGAAUAGACCACCAGAGUGUGAUUUGCCCUUCAUUGUAUAUUGUUUCUGGGACAACCUGGUGGUGGUGUCCUGCAUGACGUGUAUUAAUCUGAUCGCCUACAUUGUGGAUACGGUUUACUCUGUGCGUUUGGUUUUGAUCACUUCUCCUGCCUAGGAAAAACAUGGGCUUCUUACAUCAAUUACUUGUCUGUUUAAGGGAUAGUUCACCCAAAAUUUAACAUUUAGUCACUAUUUAGUCUCCCUCAAGUGGUUGCAAUCCUUUAUAAACCUUUACAUAUUUAUAAGAAAGGUAAAAUCAUGUCAUAGUUGACUAGGAAAAACUCAUAUUGUGGAUAUCACUGGAUACAGGUUUCAUGCAUUCCAUAAAAUAUCUUCUUUUGUGUUCAGAUGAAGAAAGAAACUCAAUCAGGUUUGCAACAAGUGAAGGAGAAGGAAAUGAUGACAGAAUUUUCCUAUUUGGGUGAACUAUCCCUUCAGCCUGGAUUAGAUGUUCACUUGCUAUUUUUGAUCAUGCUGAUCGUCUUUUCGUGUUGAUAGAUUAUGCAAGAAACUAAUUGGCAGCUUUGUUGUUAACAUGCUCAGAGGAAUGUUGACCUUAUAUGAAGAUGAUAAGAAAUGCCAUCAUUAUAGUGCCUUUUAUCAGUAUAAUGUGACUGAUGUGUAACUAGCGAGCUUGCGAAAUAUACCCUUUUUAUACAAUCAUGCAAAUGUUAAAUGUCUAAUCAUUAAACAUGAAUUAUAGCGUUUCAGUAUC